AUGGCCCAGCUGGAGGUUUAUGUGAGAAGAGCACGUAGUAAGACACAUAAGACUUAUCCUGUGGGUAAUUCGGUAGAGGUUAUUACAGUGGAAACUUUAGAGGAAGGAAGCCCUAUGGAGGAUGAAAUCCAAGAAAAAUUUGAUGAGGAUAAACUAGCAAAUCUUGCUUUUGUGGCACAACAAUUUCAAGAAACUGUUGGAGAUAUUCCUCAACAAUUUGAAGAAACUGUUGGAGAUAUUCCUGAGCACUUCGAAGCUCAGUUGGUGAAGAAGGUGGUGAACGACAUAAUCAAGACACUGGACAGGGUACCCUUAGAAGUUGCGAAAUACCCAGUGGGAUUGGAAACCGUGAAAAAGGCUGUCAUUCAGAAAUUGCAUCUCGAUUCAGCCCAAACAGUGAUUAAAGUUGGAAUAUGGGGAAUAGGUGGUAUUGGCAAGACCACCGUUGCAAAGGCCGUGUACAAUGAAGUCUAUGGUAGUUUCAAUGCUACUUCCUUUGUAUUUAAUGUCCGCUCCACUAGCCUUACAAAAUUGCAGGGACAAAUUCUCAAAGAUUUGAUCAACUAUGAGAAAGAACCACCAUGUGUUGAAGAGGGCAAAUUUUUAUUGAGACAUCGUUUGCGAGGAAUACGUAUUCUUGUCAUUUUGGAUGACGUGGAUGAUCGCGUGCAAUUAGAUGCCUUAGCUGGGCUUUGGCUGUCCCGUGGCAGCCGGUUAAUCAUAACUUCUAGAGAUAAACACAUUCUCAAUGCUGCUCAGAUCUCAUUGGAAUACAUUUUCCAGAUAAGCGGAUUGCAGAAAACUGAAGGUCUCCAGUUGUUUUGUUGGCAUGCCUUCCUCAAACCUUCCCCAAUUCCCAGCUACGAAGAUCUCUCCAAAAGAAUAGUGGAGGCUUGCAAGGGCCAUCCUCUCUCCCUGGAAGUUAUUGGGGCCUUCUUAUAUGGUAAGCAAAAUGACACAGAUAUUGAGUGCUGGAAAGAAACUCUUGACAACAUUGCAAUCAAUAGGGACAUUUUUAAAACACUCAAGAUCAGUUAUAGUGGUCUUAGUGCUGAGGAAAGAGAAAUAUUUUUGGAUGUCGCUUGCUUUUUCAUUGGGGAAGGCACAACUAAUCCCAUUCUUUUCUGGAAAUUCAUGUACAAGAAUGUGCACACAACUAUCACUAAUCUUUCAAUGAAGCUGCUUAUAAAAAUAGACGAGAAAGGUGUGUUUGAUAUGCAUGACCUCGUCCGGGAUAUGGGUAGAAUCAUUGCCGAAAAAGGUAAAACUCGGCAAUGGCAGAUGACCCAGUCGAGCAGCUUAGUCGACAUUGUUAGCAAUAUCAAUAAGUCUGGCCUUCAUCUCUAUAAAUGUUAUCCAGGAUGGCGUAAAAUGUUGUGCACACCUAGUCUUCGCUAUCUUCAUUUGGAGCAUGUGCAAAUAGAAGAUAACAUGGAAAGUUUUCAUGCAAAUUUGAGAUGGCUAAGGGUAGAUUCUUGCUCUAUUUCAAGUACGAAACAUAGCUCAAAUUUAUUCAAGGAGGCAAAUUUAGCACUAAAGAAGAAAUGCACAUCUGUUGUGCGAAGCAAAUCGCAAUUGAGGAUCUUGGACAUCACUGAUUGCAGUUCCUUAGAAAAGCUCCCUGACACUAUUGGUAAUUUGACAGAGUUGCAGUCCUUGAAAUUGUGUAGAUUUCAGAUGUUGACAUGUAUCCCUAACACCAUCGCCAACCUCUCACAACUGCUAUACUUGAAUUUGACUUACUGUGAAAAUUUAAGUUACCUUCCUGAAACCAUUGGUAAUUUGUCACAGCUCCAGUACUUGAAUUUGACUUACUGUAAAAAUUUAAGUCACCUUCCUGACACCAUUGGUAAUUUGUUACAGCUGCACAUUGGCAAGCUAUCGCAGUUGAAGCAAUUAAGUCUGAGCUGGUGCGAAAGAUUGCAGAGCCUUCCUGAAAGCAUUAGCAACUUGUCAAAGCUGGAAAGGUUGGAUUUGCUGAGUUGUAGUUCUGCAUGGAAGUCAAUUCCUUUUGCCUUUUUGAUCCAGCCAAAACUAACCCUUUUAGGAUUACCUCUCCGGCUGGAAGAGUGUCGGAGAUUUUUAACGGAGAAUCAAGAUCAAAUAAUGCAGCGGAUAGCACGAGAUUCUAGUCAAGAUGCCCCAUCAUUUGUUAGGCAUGCACUUGGUAGACUGGGUGCAUCUAUUUGUGGUUAUGAGCAUACAAAUUCUCAACCUACUACUGUUGCACAUCCUACUACCCCACCCCACCAUACAACAGUUGGUCAGGAUACACCUCCUCCUCCUAUUUAUACAUUAGUUGAUCGACCCAUAGUACCUAGUAUUGGAUUUUUGGGGAUGUUGACUACCAUGCUUAUGGAACCAGACAGUGAGGGGGAUCAUGUUGCAGUGGGCUCCUUGCAUGAUUUUGACAUCAACAGGAUCAGACCAGCCUUACAUGCUGCAGGAGAGGCACAGGGGAUGAUGUUUGAGGAUUUGCACAUUGCCACCAACCUUGUUCAUCAUGAGACACAGGAUGCACCACUAUCAUGUAGGUUGAGCUUCUCAUCACAUAGACGUCCUAGAAUCCUGCAUGCACAUGGUGGUGAUGUUAGAGACUCUUCAAAGGUGCAUGGAUCGGGACAUGUUUCAGGACAAGGCCUCGAGUGA